AUGGAUGGGCAAAGUAGAGGCAUUCCAAGAAAGUAUUAUGUUUGCAAUCGUGCUGGUUUUACUAAGCCUAGAAGUGGAAUAAAUGGUAAAAGGAAGAGAAAAACAUUACGAAGUGGGUGUCCAGCACUGAUAUAUAUUUGUCAGGAGAUGAUCUCAGGUAUUAUGCAAUGGAGAGUGGCUUUGUUUAACAAUGAGCAUAACCAUGCAUUACUAUACCACAAUGAACUGCGAUACUUACCAGCACAUCGUACCAUACCAGAAAGCAUCAAAGAUCGAAUUGUAAUGGUUUCAAAAGCUGGGGUGUCAGAUUUUGAUUUUAAAUAUGAGGUGAAGGUAGACCAAUUUGACCAUCUUGAGCAUAUUGCUUGAUCAAAUGGAACAUCGGUUCGAUCAUACGAACUAUAUGAUGAUGUUGUGGUAUUUGACACAACCUACCAUCUAAAUAGCUACAAAAUGCCAUAUGCAAUAUGCGGUUGGCUUACAUAA